AUGACGCUCAAGGAGGAGUUUCAGACGCGCAACUUUAGCAUUUACGGACAAUGGAUUGGCAUCUUGUCCAUGAUCAUCUGCUUGGCAGUAGGAAUCGCCAACAUCUUUUCAUUCAACCCCGUCCGCAUCAUCUUUUGCGCACUCGCAAUUGCGUCGGCUUUCGUUAUCCUAUUCAUCGAGGUUCCCCUGCUCCUCCGAAUCUGCCCAACCUCGGGCAAGUUUGACGAAGCUAUCCGCAAGAUCUCGACCAACUACAUGCGCGCCGGAGCCUACGGUGUCAUGUCCACCCUGCAGUUUGUCAGCAACGUUUCGGGCGCCAGCAGUCUGAUUGCCGCCGCCGUCUUUUUGCUCAUCGCUGCCCUCUGCUAUCUCCUUGCCGGUAUCAAGGGUCAGGCUUUUGUCGGCAGCAAGACCCUCGGAGGCGCCGGCGUUGCGCAGAUGAUUGUGUAA